AGCGAAUCUACAUUGUCAGUUUGAACAUGUAUCUAUUCGCGCACGUGCUUACCUUAGAAAAAGAUAAAUCACGUGAUGAAUUUCAUCAAAUCCCGUAUCGACCGACCAGUGGAACCACUGCCCAAGCCACAGGUUUUCCGCCAUAUCGAUCUCCGGCCGAGUACAAGUCGAACUGUUAGCAGAAGCAUUCAUGACACGCUCAACGAAACGGUGGCCGCCAACGAACCGUACCCAAUCUGUGCCGUCGCUGAGGGGCGUGGCUAUGCAACGCUCGAGAUCGGUCUAGCCGGUAUCGACAUUACGACUCCGGUGUUGCAGAUGUCCCAAUUCAGCGACAACUUUUGGUACUCGAAUAUUCUCACGUCACUGCAGGCACUUAAUCCGGUCAUGGUAUUUUUCAACGACCACUCGCUAAACACUCGAUCCUCUACUCUACCGACCGUAAUCCGGCAGAUCCUGCCGGAAGUUCAGAUUGUAAGUCUUCCCAGAAGCUUUUUCAACGAUUGCUUUGCAUUGCAGUACAUGGAAAGCCUGUGCUGUUCGGGUUAUCAAACGUUGAAAGAUGCGAUCCGUUCUAAAUACUACGGAUUGGCAGCGGUCGGAGCAUUGCUUCGCCAUUGCUUUGAAAGCAAUCUGCUGCGAAUUGCACCCAAGUCGCUUCAGUUUCGCUACUUGAGUAAGAACAAUACCCUUGCGAUCGAUGUGGAGUGUAUUGGACAUUUGGAGUUGAUCUAUUCGUUGCAAAGGGUGAAUGAGAAGCAUUCGCUGUAUCGAUUGCUGAAUCACUGUAUUACGAGCGUGGGAAAAAGACAUCUGAGGGCAAAUUUACUGGAGCCGAGUAGCAGUCGAGAGGUGUUGGAAACUCGACUAAAUUGUGUUGCCGAGAUGCUCGCGAAGAAUGACCUGCUUAGCGGAAUACAACGGAUUCUGCGGGAUCUGGUUGAUAUUGGUGGACUUAUGAAACUAUCCGUAGACGUCGAUAACUUAAAAACUACGAAGCAGAACACAAUCCAUGUGCUGAAUCAAGCAAACACGCUGAAAAACGCUUUGCGAUGCGUUCCAGAGCUAGGUUCCCUUCUUCAAAAUGCAGAAUGUUCCAUUCUGCGGGAAACGAAGCAAACUAUAUCAAGCGAUAUAUACAAACAGCUGUACGAUCAGAUUUGUACGGUUCUGGAUGUGGAAAGCGCCAAAGCACAUACUUCCGACUAUCAUAGAUUGUUUUUGGUGAAGUCGAAAGUUUCUUCAACUUUGGACAUCCUUCGCAGUCUGUACUCGGAAGUGAUCGAUGAGAUUCGCGAAUAUGUCGCCGGUCUGACGAAAGAAUUCAGAAUGCUACUGAAAAUGACCUUCACGAAAUCGAUGGGAUUUCACAUCCAGGUUACUUUCAAGGAUGCCGGUCCUUCCAUUCCAAGGACGUUCAACGUGCUCAGUCGUUCAGGCCAACGAUACUAUCUGACUACUGGCCCACUCCAGGCCUACAACGAACGGAUCAACGGAAUCGUUAAGGAAAUCGAGAUGGUUAGCUUCAGCGUCAUCAAGCAGUUGAUCGAAGACAUACGGGAACACGUGGAAUCGAUCUACGCGCUGGUUGCGAAUGUUACUGACCUGGAUGUAAUGCAAUCGCUGGCAGUUGUCAGUCAGGAUAAGGAGCUUUGCCGACCAACUUUUGGAAGAUCUACAAAAAUAGUAUCGGCGCGCCAUCCAUUGCUCGAAGCGUACGGAGAGAUUGACAAAGUCGUAAAAAAUAACAUUAUCGCAACUCACGAGUACAACGUAUUUAUCGUCACCGGUCCGAAUAUGAGCGGCAAAACGGUCUACAUGAAGACGAUUUGCCUCUUGCAGAUCAUGGCCCAGUUAGGUUGCUAUGUUCCAGCGGCAAGGGCGGAGUUUCGUAUAGCUGAUCGUCUGAUGGCGGUCUUCGGAGCGGCAGAAAACAUUGAGCACGAUCUAUCGAAUUCUUCGCGAAUGCUUCGGAAAUUGGAAAUCAUCGCCCAUACAUUGACGGUGAACAGCUUGGUAGUGAUCGAUGAACUCUUCGGUGAUACGCAAUCUCCGGACCUAAGUGGACCAAGGUGGAAACUGUUGGAACGCAUAGUAGGCUUCGUUGGCUUUCAAGACGGAGUUGCCUGCAAAAGUCUAGCUGCUGUGCGAAGGCCAUUCAUUUACUUGACCACUCAUUGUCAUGAAAUGUUGCGCCCUUUGGAACACAUGCACAACGUUUCACGUCUCUGCUUGCAAACGGAAGUCUUGGACGUGGAUGGAUUCGAACGUCUCCGCUACAAAUACACGGUUGCCGAAGGGAAGACCAGCGUCAAGAACUACGGUAUUUCCCUAGCUCGAUGUGUCCGGAUUCCGGAGAGUGUAAUAUCACGAGCGGAGCAGAUCAAUGAAGCACUCAAGAACCGAACCAUCGGGGGACGAUUUUCUCACAAUUCAACUACGAUGAACGGAUCAUUCUCGACGCAGGCAAAUCUCCAACAUUUCGAUAAACGCUUGUAUGACCUGUAUGCUCAACUGGCUUUGCAGCUUUCCGAAGCCGGAGAGGAAGGCCUAGAGGAAUUGGGUACGAACCUUGAUGGGUUAUUGGAUUGGUUCGUUAAUUCCUUGCCGGCUGAAGUGGUUGAAUACUUGAAGGUAUCUCCACUGGAGAUGUUGCUAGCGACGAAGGAGCAAACGGUGAAGAGUAGUAAUCUUACGAUGCCAAGUGUGAGCGAAGUAGAUGCAGUAGACAGCGAAGCGCAAGCUACUGACGGCAGCGAACAUUUUGAAAUCGAUGAAACUAUUGCUGAUGGUGACUUUGAUUGCUAACU